CUUUAUGCAAUUAAUUUAUUAAACAAAAAGACGUAAACAAUGACAAUUUUAAAAUAUGUCUGGUUUGGUCUUUUGUUAGCAAGUAUUUAUUUAAUUUAUUCGGAAAAUUAUUUUCAAAUAACAUGGCAUUUUUUACCUAAAGAAUUGAAAAAUUUAAUACACAUAUUUAGUAAAACAGAAUUGGAAUUGUUAGAUAUAAAUAAGACAGAAAAAGUAUUUACUAAAGAUGAGUUAAAAAAAUAUAAUAAUAUUGAAAAUGGAUUGUACCUUUCAAUAUUAGGACAAGUUUUUGACGUUACUAAGGGAGCUAAACAUUAUGAACCCGGAGCAUCUUAUCACAUAUUUGUUGGUUGUGAUGCAUCUCUAGCAUUUGUUACUGGAGAAUUUGAUGAGAAUGAAAUAACAGAUGAUGUAUCUGAACUUUCUUUAGAAAAAAUUAAAGCAUUAGAUGACUGGGUACAGUUUUAUAAAACAAAUUAUAUUUAUAAAGGUAAAUUAAGUGGAAGGUAUUUCAAUGAAGAUGGUUCUCCAACGAUUGAAUCUUUAAAAAUAAAACAAAAAUUGAUAGACGCUAAGAAAGAAAUAGAGAAUGAAGAAAAAAAGAAAAAAUUAUUUCCAACUUGUAACAUAGAAUGGAAAGCCAACAUAGGCACUACUCUAUGGUGUUCUAAAAGAAGCGGUGGUAUAGAAAGAGAUUGGAUUGGUGUUCCAAGAAUGUAUUUUGAAAUGCCUGGCUCAAAACAACACAGAUGUGCUUGUGUUAAUCUUGAUAGUAAAGAAUACAAAGAAAAUAAAGGUAAUUUUAAGGAAUACAAUGGUUGUUCAACAACUUCAAUAAAAUGUAAUAUCAAAUAAUUUCUAUGUUAGAAAUAUUUUUGCACAAUCUAUUUAUUAAACGAU